GCCUAUUCCUACAAAUGGGUUGCAUCUAUUCUUGUUUCGUGAGAAUCGCUUGAUUUCCAUUGACCUGGAUAUCGGUUCGCAAUGUUCUGCUUCCAUGAACUAUCAUGCAUGGCCAUUUGUGGAACCCAUUUAGCAUAUCCAACCCCGUAUUAUCGAGUACAUCAUGGCAAAAACCGGUUUUGCUGCUGGGGCCAUGGUGUCCACGCUCGUGACAUGUGUAUAUUUCACCUCAGUCUGCUUCUGCUAGUUGGAGUGACAAUCCUUUUUUUCGUUUAUGAGGCACGUUUCUUGACGCCAAUACUUUCUCCUGCUAUCCCCACAUUCGCUGCGAUAUUGUUUCUGUAUGUUCUUCUAACGUUUCUCCGCACUGCCUUUACGGACCCCGGCAUUCUUCCUCGCGCUACUGCAGCUGAGACAGAGUGGACGAAACUUUAUCUUGCUGCAGCCACUCCUUUGAAUAAUGCGACCGUGACAUCUGAAAGCGUUCCUGUUCCCCAGUCGUUCAACCCUGAUUCUUAUACUCGUGAUGUACUGAUCAGGGACCACUUGGUGCGCCUUAAUUUUUGUCAUAGUUGCGGAUUUUUUCGCCCUCCACGUUCUUCCCAUUGCUCGACUUGCGAUAAUUGCGUCGGUGAGUCCUUUUAA